AUGAAGCCUCAUAGUCUGGCUUCUGCUUGGGCCCCUCUGUUAGGUUUUCGUCUGCUCUGGGUGGUGAAUGCAUCAACUGUUCCUCAAAACUCAUCAUCUUGGGUUGUUCCGGAAGCCCUAUGCAGUUCCUUUGGUAGCUACCCGAAUCCUCUGGGCAUUACCGAAGAAGAUCGCCAAUCCUUUCACCCGGUUGUGAAAUAUCCCACAAUUUGGGUGCACAAUGAGACUGCGCUCGCAGAAGCAGAUGUCAAUGACUCGACAAUCAGCACAAAGAAGAGAGUGCCUCAUGUGAGGAUUUCCGAUUACACAAAACCCACCGACAAGGUCCACCUGGCCAGCGAGGAACAGAUCCUUCAGAAGCGAAAGGAAUUGGCAAAGAUUCCUUCCUGGUUCCUAAAUUUGCGCUGUUUAGUACCAUCCGCUCGUCUCUUUGUGGCCAAGUUCCGAAAAGAACACGGUAUUCGGCACUUUAGCGUUGGGCGGUAUGAUGAAGAUCGAGUGGGAAUGUAUAUAAGCGACAUGUUUGAAGAUUUGGAGAAUUCCGUCGAGGGUUAUGCUGGUGCCAGGACCGUACAUGUGGGUGUUGAUCUGGGUGGUCCAGUGGGAACCAAAGUGUAUGCCUUUGCCGAUGGCGUGGUGCAUGCUGCAGGAUAUAAUUCAGAGUGGGGGGAUUACGGCAAUGUGGUCGUCAUUGAACAUACCGUGCCAUCCAAUGGCAACAAAAUGUGGGCAUUAUAUGGUCAUUUGGAUAAGGGCAGUAUUCAAGGUAAAAAGCCAGGCCAAGAAAUAUCAAAGGGGCAGGUGGUUGGACGGUUGGGUGAUUUUACGGAGAAUGGUGGUUGGGUUGCUGCGCACGUUCACUUUCAGCUUGCCAUCGAACCUCCAAAGACUCAUGAUAUGCCUGGAGCGGUGGCCUUGAACGAUCGCCAAAGAGCAUUGGUGCAAUAUCCAGAUCCUCGGUGGGUCCUGGGCCCACUGUAUUGA